CCUCUAGGAGCCGUCUCCCUGCUGAGCAUCAUGGCGCUGAGCGGUCGACUGGCUUUGGCCGCGCUCAGACUGUGGGGCCCCGGAGUAUUACAGGUGGGAGAAGGCCCAUAGCCCUCUCUGUGGGAGCCUCCAGCGUCUUCGGAUGUGGGGGCAGCAGUGAGAAGGCGAAGCUCUCUCUGCAGGAUGUGGCUGAGCUGCUUCGGACCAGAGCCUGCAGGAGGGUCGUGGUCAUGGUGGGAGCUGGUAUCAGCACACCAAGUGGCAUCCCAGACUUCAGAUCCCCAGGGAGUGGCCUGUACAACAACCUGCAGCAGUAUAACAUCCCAUACCCAGAGGCCAUUUUUGAACUUGACUAUUUCUUUCACAAUCCCAAGCCGUUUUUCACACUGGCCAAGGAGCUAUACCCUGGGCACUAUAAGCCUAAUGUCACCCACUACUUCCUUCGACUGCUUCACGACAAGGAGCUGCUUCUACGCCUCUACACACAGAACAUCGAUGGGCUUGAGAGAGUGUCUGGUAUCCCUGCCUCAAAGCUGGUUGAAGCUCAUGGGACCUUUGCAUCAGCUACGUGCACAGUCUGUCGAAGGUCUUUCCCGGGGGAGGACAUCAGGGCCGAUGUGAUGGCAGACAGGGUGCCCCGAUGCUCUGUCUGUACUGGCGUUGUGAAACCUGACAUUGUGUUCUUUGGGGAGCCGCUGCCUGCAAGGUUCUUACUACACGUGGCUGAUUUCCCCAUGGCAGAUCUGCUACUCAUUCUUGGGACCUCCCUGGAGGUGGAGCCUUUUGCUAGCUUGUCUGAAGCAGUACAGAAGUCAGUGCCCCGACUGCUCAUCAAUCGAGACUUGGUGGGUCCCUUUGCUUGGAGUCCUCGCAGCAAGGAUGUGGCCCAGCUGGGCGAUGUGGUUGAGGGGGUAGAAAGGCUGGUGGACCUCCUGGGCUGGACACAAGAGCUGCAGGAUCUCAUCCAGCGGGAAACUGGAAAGCUGGAUGGACAGGACAGAUAAAACUGUUGUCACCUGCGGGAAAGUCACACAGGAGGUCCUCUCCAGGGAGACAUGCCUGAAAACAGCUCGGACAGGCUUACAAAUCCGGGCCAAACCACGUGUGACUUGGGUAACAGUCUUCUGAGGCUGCCUUCAUCACACUGCAAAGGAGCUCCAUGUGUCCCACCACUGCCGAAGCCUGUAAUGCAGAGUGCGCCUUUCUGGCAGUGGUCCUUAUAGUUAUCAGGAGGGCAGCACAGCAUGCCCAUCCAUCGCCAGACCAGGGAUAUACUAGGGUAAUCUAGCAUGCCCGUCUCUACAGAGGCAUCUUUAACAACAACAACAAAAAAUCAUUUCUUGCAUGAAAUAAAUUUUAGUAUAAAACUUG